UGUAGGACACUACACAUGACGUUAUCAAUCCUGUUUGUUGGUUUCUUGACUACCAUCAAUCCUGUUAUAGGGGAAGAAGAUAAAAUAACCAUUGAUUGCAUAUCGCCGGAAUUCUUUGGGCAGGAGGCAGUGUUAACGUGUUAUGGACAUUUUAAAGCAGGAGUAUACUGGAUUAAACCACACGGUGAUAUUGUCAGACAGUGUGGCCCGCAAAAAAAAGAAUCAUGCUUUACUACACCUCAAGGAUACCGCAGUCCCACGGAUGACGAUCUAACCGAAGACACCUUGGUCAUAAAGUCUUUAGAUCAAAGUCAUGUUGGUGUUUGGACGUGCCAAGAUGAUGGAUUUGAACAUGGGAGUCACACAUCAAUUGCUACUUGUUCGAUAGGCGCUACAAAGGAGACGGCAACUAGUUCUACAGCUGUGCGAACCACGCCAACCACACGAAUCACGCGAACCAAUCCAGAAAUUAGUUCCACAGCUAUGCGAACCAUGCCAACCACGCGAACCACACCAUCCAAUCCAGAUGGGCCAACCACGCCAACCAAGCCAAUCACGCCAGCAACUGGUUCUACAGCUGGUCCAACCACACCAACCACGCCAGACGACAAAACUACGACAUACUGGAUUCUAGCUGCGAUAGCGGGUUUCCUCCUUUUGUGUCUGAUUGGAGCAAUAGUUCGUUAUCUGAUCAAGAAGCGAAAAAAACACAAAGACGAAGAUAAUCCAAAGGCGCCAUACAAGAAGAUGGAACUCGAGAACAAAGAACACCACACAAACAUACACCACCAAAAACACCAACCACAUCAAAACACACAUCAAAAACACAAAGAGUAUCAAGAACAAAAAGAGUAUCAAGAACACAAAGGAUACCAACAACACCAACAACACAAACAACACAAAAAACAUCAAGAACAGCAACACCAACAAAACAAACAACAUCAAGAACACAAAGAACACAUAGAACAUCAAGAACAAAAAGAACACCAAGAACACCAACAACUUCAACAAAACAACGAAGAACCAAAAAAAUAAGACACCAACAAACAAACCCACACAAACAUCUCACAGGUCUACAAGGCGAUAGAGAACCAACAAAAAGUGGAAAAGAACCGAAUACCUCAAUUUGAUAUACUGAACUUUUAUUAUUAUUAUUAUUAUUAUUAUUAUUAUUUAUUAUUUAUUAUAUUAUUUAUUAUUAUUAUUAUGAAAUUAGUUUUUAUUGUUUUAUGUAUGUAUGUAUGUAUGUAUUCUUCAGUCGUCUGUUUUGUCAUUUUGUCAUUAGAGCAAAUAAACUGUCGAUUUACAUUGUUUAAUUUUUGACAUGUUUCAGACUGCUUUUGCAAAUACAAAUUGCACAUGUUUGCGCAGAUUGUAUCUUUAAUUCUUUUAAUGUGAGAGAAAUAAAAAUGUAUAUGUUAUAAUUAAUCAUUUACUGCUUUAUUAACGUGUAAACUAUAAAAGAAGUGAUAUGGUUUUUUUGUUAAUAUGGCAAGAUAUUUAAUGAAAUAGCCUAAACAAAAUACAUCCUGAAUACGUGGCUACUUUCGAUUUGUCGAGAUACACUGGGCAAUACGUCAGCUCUGUGUGUAAGAGGUCAGCCAUCGAAAGUUCUUGAAGGAAUAGUAAACUCGAAUAUGAGUAUCAGGUUUUAUGUGUUGUUGUUUUAAAAAAAGUAUUAUUGUUGUUUGUAAAUUACGUUCUGGGAUGAUUUGGCUGAAAUGUGGUAGUUGGUUUGGUGACAGUGUAUGCGGGUUUGGGGGAGGGGGGUAAUUAUUGAUGUAAUUAGAUAACAUUAGUAAGUCUGAGUAAUAGGUGACGGUGUGUGUGUGUGCGCGCGUGUGUGUGUGUGUGUGUGUGUGUGUGUGUGUGUGUGUUUGUGUGUGUUGGUAAUGUAUGUAUAUAUGUAUGUAUGUAGUAUUAUUAGUAUUAUUACUAUAUGUAUGCAUGUAUGUAUGUAUUGAUGCAAUAAUAUCUAUGUAUUACCCAUAUGGUUAAAAGUCACUCGCUAAAACUCAUCACAACUAAAAAUCGUUUUACUCGGGACAUAAACAUGGUACGAAAUGGAAGCUCCUUUAAUAUCCUAUCAAUAUUGUAUGUAUGUCGAGUUUGACUAUUACAUACAUAGAUAUUAACGCACUGGUACAGGGGUACUUAAAUGUAUGUAUGUAUUUAGGAAUGAAUGAAAACACUUGCUCAGGACUCUUUUAAAAAAAAACUAAAACAUUAUUAUUUCCUAAUUUUGCCCCAGGGAUUUUAAAUUGAUUUUAAAUUGACUGUUUUGAUAUACAAAAUAAAACUAUUUUUCUGA